UCAACUGUUCCGUGCGAAAGUUUCCUAUGCAGAAUCUAGAAAGGAAACUUCACAAACACGAUUUGGAAUGAUUAAAGCGAAGUCUUUGCGUUCCAUUUCGUUGGUUUCUCACCUUCUUGUAAAUUCGUAGGUAUCAUCUUCAGUCUUCACAAUCGAACACUUCCAACAACCCUUUUAGUAAAGGCCUAUAGUGAUAGAUCCAAGCAUCAAAGGCAGAGCAAGUUCAUUUCUCUGUUCUGCAAAGUCCACACACAAAGAACACAAGUCUUUUGAAGCCAUGGAUAAGAAAGUAGACUGGUCUGAACUUCCCAUAGAGCUAUGGCCCAAGAUCGGAAAAUCUCUCGAGAAUAACAUAGAUGUUCUCAGAUUUCGCAGUGUCUGUGAGUCCUUUAGAUCUUCUAUCCCUCCCUCUCAUCCAAAUUCUCCUUCUUUUCCUUUGCAAAUACCUCACCCCAUGAACCCCUCCAUAGAAACCUACCUCAACCAAGCAACCAUUUAUCGUAUUGAACCAAGUCAUGGAAACUCUCUCUCCUGUUUGGAGCCUUUAGCAGUUUCAUCUUCUUCCAAAGGGUGGUUGAUUAAGGUUGAAGAAUUGAAGAAUCAUCCUUUGACUUUGCUGAGUCCAAUAUCUGACCGCAAAAUCUUGCACCCUCGUAGCACUUCUCCUAUGUUGUGGAACUUGUUGGACUAUCGGGUCAUUGAGAUAUGCAAAUCAUAUACUAUUCAAAACACUGUACGUUCCUUUGUUGCUGCAAACAAAGUUGUGUUCUUUCCUAACUCUCCUUGGAUUGGUGUUGAGGAUUCAGUGGCUUGUAGUAUCUUUCAAGAGGGGAAAUUGGGAUUCAUGAAACAUGGGGAUGAGAAAUGGACCCUUGUGGAUGACAAGAAUUUCUACUAUGAUGAUGUUAUUGUGUAUAAAGGUCAGUUUUAUGUUACUGAUAGAUGGGGAACUAUUUCAUGGGUUGAUAUCUCUUGCUUGAAGUUGAUACAGUUUUCCCCUCCCUUGUGUGGAUUUGGGAACAAGAAGCAUUUGGUGGAGUCAUGUGGGGUUCUUUAUGUUGUUGAUAGAUACUAUGACAGUGAACCCUUAAGAAGAAACUAUGUUGGACGCCCUAAUAGAGAUGCUGCUGUUGAAUGUUUCAAAGUUUAUAAGUUGGAUGAAGAAUGGGGAACAUGGGUUGAUGUGAAAAACUUGGGGGAUAGAGCAUUCAUUUUGGGUAAUAGUUGUACCUUCUCUGUUUCUGCUAAUGAAUUAACUGGAUAUCAAGGGAACUGUAUCUACUUCACUGAUAUCUUUGAUGCUCGUAUGUACAACUUAGAAGAUCAUACCAUCACUACCAUUGAGUUUGAUCCGUGCCUUGAUAAGUCUUUGUGGUCUCACCCAUGGCCGAGAACUUGAGGGCAUAACCAGUUUAGCAUUAUUUGAGUUUAAAGUAAAAAGCAUACGAAGAAGGACACCUCUCCCUGAAGAAAGGAAGAGUGCAGACACAUUACUAAUUGGCAUAAAAUUGAAGAGUUGAUCUUGUUAUAGAAAAUCGCUAUGCUUGCUGAGUAAUUAUUGGUCCAUUUGCAAGUUGGUUGAGAUGCAAAAACUUGACUCACUGGAUUGUGUUUGUUCUCCAUGAUCUGUCCAUUUCACUUUGUAUUAUGGCAAAACUCAAGAACAUUUUAGUGAUAAUAGUUGUACUUCCAGUAGGUAUAUAAUUAGAUUUUGUUGUCUAGUUUGUGGAAGGUAGCAUAUGUACAUUAUUAGCGUGGUACCUUUCUACAUGUUCUCUUGCUACAAUCAAGUAUGUUUCUGUCUUGAUUCAUAAUCAGCUG